AUGCUACAAAUGGCAUCGAAAAUAUUCUACAGAUGUCGACAAUGGAGAUUUGUUGUUGCCGUUUGGCAUCAUUGGAGACAUGGAUUCCCAGUCAAGACAAGGCAACGUGUGGCACAGCCCAAUGGUCAUUGGGACGAUCAAAAAUCAGCGGCAGUAGAGUGGCUUUCAUCGUUCAAUUAUACAUCCGUACUGAACUAUGGUAACCGUGGCAUGGAAUUGAGCGAUCUGAUAUAUUUCAACGGCAAACUAAUGAGUGUUGACGACAAGACAGGAAUUGUUUACCGGAUUGAUGGAAGGAAGGUAAUUCAGUGGGUAAUUCUUUCUGAUGAAAACGGCACCGAUCCUACUCGUACGUGA